AUUUUAUUUUCUUCAGCUAGAGUUUUGGCCAAAGUAAUGAGCCAAGAACGCAAAGAAGGUAGAUCGUCGCCGCCAUAUAUUGAUUUCUUUGAAACCCUGUUGGUUGAGGAAUUGGCGCUGGAACCCAACUACCUGAAGCUCCACUACGGCAAGUGCGCAGUUAUAGGACGACUCACCGUGGUGUCGGAUAAAUACGGGCUCGAAAACGUGCGUGUAAAGAGUUUGCCAGAGGAGUGUUCAUUGCCCGAAGGCAUUCUGUCCGUGCUGCUGCUGGGCCUGGACAUCGCCAAGGCCAGCGAACUGAACCUGAGCAGCGGCUGCUAUUGCAUUGUGCGAGGCGAGGUGGUGCUGUGCUGUGUACAGUUCCCCAACAGUCCCACACUGACGACAGGCGGUGUGUUUAACUUGUUGCAGGCUAUGGGCGACGACGAGGCUGCCCGCAAGAAUUAUCUGGAAGAGCUGCAUAAGACUCACAUACCGGCUAUCGACGUGUGGUUCGCACAGCCCGUCGAAAGUUUCGAGGAGCUCAUAGACCGCAGGCUGCAGAUCAAACAACUGAGUCUCCACGACAGCCACUCUUUGAGGCUAGACACACGGGUGGCCCGCCUUUCGAUCUGAGCAGCAACUGGACCAGCAUACAGG